AUGUUGCCCUACGCCACCCUGCAAGAGGCUGAGACCGCCAUCGGUCGAUCUCUCACUUGUGCGGAAACCUUAUGGUUUAAUUACACGGCUAAUAAGUCGGAUUACGCCCUCUACUGCCACGCCAUUCCCUUACUUUUUCUCCCAUCAAUUCUAGUACCUCUCUUAUACGUGCUUAUCGAACUCAUAUUUCCGAUAGCCUCUUAUAAAAUUCAACCCAAGAUUAAGAUUUCUCUAUACGAUAACUUCAAAUGUUACUUGGUCGUCACACGGACGUUCGUCCUCAUUGUUGCACCUACACUACUCGUCUCUUAUCCUUCCAUAAAAAUGAUAGGUAUUCGAACAAGCUUGCCCUUACCAUCAUUAACGGAGAUUAUAGCUCAGUUGAUAAUCUACUUUAUUAUUGAAGAUUACACUAGUUAUUGGCUCCAUAGAGCUUUUCACAUCAAGUGGGUGUAUGAGAAUAUUCAUAAGGUUCAUCAUGAAUACACAGCGCCUACGGGGUUUACUAGUCAGCAUGCACACUGGCUGGAGACAUUGGUGUUUGGGAUUCCAGGUUAUUUGGGUCCUGCAAUUGUUCCGGGGCACAUGAUUACGUUCUUGUUAUGGCUUUUCUUGAGGCAUACUGAGUCCGUUGAGAUUCAUAGUGGGUAUGACUUACCCUGGACAUUGAAAAAAUACAUACCAUUUUAUGGUGGUGCAAAAUUCCAUGAUUAUCACCAUUACGUUGGAGGCCAAAGCCAAAGCAACUUUGCACCCAUCUUCACUUAUUGUGACUACAUCUAUGGUACAGAUAAGGGCUACAAGUACCAUAAGAGACUCCAGCAACAACACCAACAGUUGAAAGAUGGCUUAAAAAGCGAUGCUAAGCAAAUUGGUGGAUCGUAUGCCUCCGCAGCAAGUAUCAAGUCAGAGUAACCAUGUUCUCUAGAUCGACUAGAAACUCCAUUGGUUGAUUACCAAAGGAUGUUUUAUAUAUGGUAUAGCUUGUAUAUCAGCAUAUGUCAUGAUGAAGGACUUAUAUAUACAUCUAUGUGUAUAUAUAGAGAGAUAUGUAGAAGUGAAUAAGUG